CUUCUGGUUCAAGUCUUUGCCAAGGAGCUGCGGGCGCAAAAGCGUAGCGACAUCGGAGUGAGACGAUGGCGCUUCGCUUUUGGAUGGCGGGGGUCGCCCUCCUGCUCCUCGGGGAGCCAAGCCGGGCCCUCCCCUCCGGUACUGAAAGACCCCCGGGGCUUGGCUCCUCCUCGCACUCCGUGCACUAUUUCUGCACAGGAGUGUCUGAACCCAAUCAGGGGCUUCCCAGGUACAUCGCAGUGGGAUACGUGGACGGCCAGCUCUUCAACCAUUAUGACAGCAUCACCCGGAGAGUGCAGCCUCGAGCGCCCUGGAUGGAGAAGAUGUGGAAGCUCCUCUACAAGAGCCUUGUGCUGCUCACUUUGCAGUUCUGCAAGUUCUUCCGUCAUCAGCUCCUCUACAUCCUCUUCGUCAACAUCCAGACCCAUGCCUUCACCCAUGGAGACAAUGUCCUUCACUACUUGGUCAGGGACGUCUCCUCGAUGAUAUUGAAGCACAUGGUGAAGAGGGCCUUUGUGUACUGCUUCCUGAAGUUGCUGAUCACUUGCUGGUUCAUGUGCUGCAGAAGAGUCUCUAGGUUGAUUCCCCGGCUGCAAGUCGAAGAGAAACUUUGCGGCCGGAAAAGGUUUCAUACCAGGCAACGGAUGUACAGCUGUGAGCUGGGUGCGGACGGGAGUAAAAGAGGGCACAUGCAGUACGCCUACGACGGGAGGGACUUCAUCGCCCUCGACAAGGAGACCCUCGCCUGGACGGCGGCCGAUUCCAAGGCCCAGAUCACCAAAGAGAAGUGGGAGAAGGAACCGGCCCUUGCCCAGAGAGACAAGGCCUACCUGGAGGGGGAAUGUCUUGAGGAGCUGGAAAGAUUCCUGGACUACGGGAAGGAGAGCCUGCUGAGGAGAGAGCCCCCAGUAGGGAAGGUGACCCGCAUGUUCCUCUCCGAAGGGAGGGAGAUGCUGGUCUGCCAGGCCCACGGCUUCUACCCCAAGGAGAUCGAAGCCACUUGGAGGAAGGGCGGGGAGAUCAUGGAGCAGGACACCUUCCGGAGGAGCGUCGCUCCCAACUCCGAUGGGACCUACCACGCCUGGCUCAGCAUCGAGAUC